UUAGUUUUUAGUUUUUUUCCUCAAGUAGAUUUUAUAUUUUUCUCUGAAGCUCAAGGAAACCAUCAAUCCAUGGAGAAAAAAGAAAGCUCAAAGUUGAAUAUCGCAAUAAUUCAUCCGGAUCUCGGAAUCGGUGGAGCGGAGAGAUUAAUUGUAGACGCUGCUGUAGAACUUGCAACACGUGGGCACAAUGUUCAUGUCUUCACAUCGCACCAUGAAAAAUCUCGCUGUUUUGAGGAGACUGUUUCUGGUAUCUUUCCGGUUACAGUCUAUGGUGCCUUCCUACCGCGGCAUGUUUUCUAUUGUCUUCACGCAGUGUGUGCAUAUCUUCGGUGUAUUUUUGUUGCGCUUUGUGUAUUGUUUAUGCAUCCUACUUUUGAUAUUAUACUCACAGAUCAGGUCUCUGUUGUCGUUCCACUCAUGAAGUUGAAAAAGUCAUCAAAGGUCGUAUUCUAUUGCCAUUUUCCAGAUCUUUUGCUUGCUCAACACACAACUGUUCUGCGGAAAAUAUAUCGGAAACCUAUAGACUAUAUAGAAGAAAUAACGACAGGUAUGGCGGAUUUAAUUCUUGUUAACAGCAGAUUCACCGCAUCUACUUUUGCAAAGACUUUCAAGCAUCUACAUGCACGAGGAAUAAGACCUUCUGUUCUUUACCCUGCCGUCAAUGUGGAUCAGUUCGAGAAACCUACUACUAACAAGUUGAAUUUUCUGUCCAUCAAUCGGUUUGAAAGGAAAAAAAACAUAGAGUUAGCUAUAUCUGCCUUCGCUAUGCUUUACACUGAUCCACGGAAUAUCAUACAUGGUGACAAUAAAAAUGGAGUUUCCUUGAUUAUUGCGGGUGGUUUUGAUAAACGGCUCAGAGAGAAUGUUGAGUAUUUGGAGGAACUGAAAAACUUGGCAGACAGAGAAGGCGUGUCUCACCUGGUCAGGUUCAUCACAUCCUGUACUACUACUGAAAGAAAUACUCUUCUGUCUGAAUGCCUAUGUGUUCUUUAUACACCUAAGGAUGAACAUUUUGGCAUUGUUCCUUUGGAAGCAAUGGCAGCCCAUAAACCCGUUAUUGCAUGCAACAGUGGUGGUCCAGUUGAGACUGUAAAGAACGGAGUGACGGGCUUUCUAUGUGAUCCUUGCCCUCAAGAGUUCUCUACGGCUAUGGCCAAUUUUAUUCGUGAUCCUCAAAUGUCGGAGACAAUGGGCGGAGAAGCACGAAAGCAUGUAACAGAGUCGUUCUCUACCAAGAUAUUCAGCCAGCACCUGAAUGGAUAUCUCAUCGAUGUAGCUAGAAGAAAGAGAGAAUGAAUAAGCCAUUAACUAAGAAGAUACGUGCUUUCAUUCCCAAUCACCUUCCCAACCACUGGAAAUUAUGAGAUUCGUUUUACUAUAGAAUUCUCAAUGUUGAUAAGAUGUUAGAAAUUUACUAUGAUCCAACUGAGCUUAGAAAUUUUCAAUGAUCCAACUGAGCUUUUUGCCGGUUUGCUUGAAAGCCCUUUAAUUUCUGGCUCACAUUAGACAGAUGCAGCUGCUCAAAUGUCCAUUUAAUAUGUAGAAUUUGAACAAGAUUUUAAAAACAUCAUCAUUAACUAA